AUGUCUACCUUCGGUAAAUUAUUCAAAGUAACCACAUAUGGUGAAUCCCAUUGUAAAUCAGUCGGCUGCAUAGUGGACGGUGUGCCCCCAGGAAUGACCCUAACAGAAGCUGACAUCCAACCACAACUAACCAGAAGAAGACCAGGUCAAUCCAAACUUUCCACUCCAAGAAACGAAAAGGACAAAGUGGAAAUCCAAAGUGGUAUUGAAUUCAACAAAACUUUAGGAACUCCUAUCGCUAUGCUUAUCCGUAAUGAGGAUCAAAGACCAAAUGAUUACAACGAUAUAAUGAAUAAAUUCCCAAGGCCUUCUCAUGCUGAUUUCACUUACUCUGAAAAAUACGGCAUUCAAGCAUCAUCGGGUGGUGGGAGAGCAUCUGCAAGAGAAACUAUUGGGAGAGUCGCUGCAGGUGCUAUCGCUGAAAAAUUCUUGAAACAAGUCUCUAAUGUGGAGAUCGUGGGGUUUGUCACUCAAAUUGGUGAGAUUAAGAUGGAGAGAAAUCCAUUCGAUCCUAAUUUCCAACAUGUUUUGAACACCAUUACGAGAGAGAAAGUCGAUUCUAUGGGUCCUAUUAGAUGUCCUGAUGCUUCUGUUGCAGGAGAUAUGGUUAAGGAAAUUGAAAAAUAUAGAGGAAAUCAAGAUUCUAUUGGUGGUGUUGUCACUUGUGUCGUUAGAAAUUUACCUACUGGGUUGGGUGAACCUUGUUUUGAUAAAUUAGAAGCUAUGUUGGCUCAUGCUAUGCUGUCUAUUCCUGCUUCAAAGGGGUUCGAAAUUGGAUCUGGGUUUGCUGGUGUCUCUGUACCAGGUUCUAAACAUAAUGAUAUGUUUUAUUAUGAUGAGGAGCAAAAGAGAUUGAGAACAAAGACUAAUAACUCUGGAGGGAUCCAAGGUGGGAUCUCCAAUGGUGAAAACAUUUAUUUCUCCGUCCCAUUUAAGUCAGUGGCAACUAUUUCUCAAGAACAAAAGACCGCUACCUAUGAUGGUAAAGAAGGUGUAUUGGCUGCAAAGGGAAGACAUGACCCUGCUGUCACUCCAAGGGCUAUCCCUAUUGUCGAAGCCAUGACUGCUCUGGUAUUAGCUGACGCUCUUUUGAUUCAAAAAUCAAGAGAAUAUUCAAGAUCCAUUGUUAAUUAA